GGCCCAAUGGGCUGAUAAUAAAGUAAGCCGCCAUGGAAACCCAAAGGCAAACAAUAUCUCCCAAAACCUCCGAACGCUACGCUUCAAAGGAGAACCGAUCGUCAUCGAAAACAAAGGCGGGGAAGAAGAAAGGAUGGUUGAAGAAACUGAGAUAUCAGCCACCGCUAUGAAAGAGGAAGCAGAGGAGUUAACAUCAAUGACCAAGAACCACCGCAACCCCACCGGGGAUGAGUCAGACGCGGAGGAAGGGGAGAUCGUCGGCGGCGAUCCAGAAGAUCCGUCGAAGGCCGCGGUGGCGGCGCCCAUUCCGAAGCACCCCUUGGAGCAUUCGUGGACGUUCUGGUUCGACAAUCCGUCAGCUAAAUCUAAGCAGGCAACGUGGGGAAGCGCAAUCCGAGCUAUCUAUACCUUCUCCACUGUUGAAGACUUCUGGGGUGUUUACAACAAUAUACACCACCCCAGCAAGCUGGGAGUUGGAGCAGAUUUUCACUGUUUCAAGAAUAAAAUAGAACCAAAAUGGGAAGAUCCUGUCUGUGCCAAUGGAGGUAAGUGGACCGUGACUUUGCCGAAGGGUAAAUCUGACACUUGUUGGCUCUAUACGUUACUGGCAAUGAUUGGAGAACAAUUUGAUCAUGGUGAUGAAAUUUGCGGGGCAGUUGUCAAUGUGCGAUCAAGGCAAGAGAAAAUUUCUAUUUGGACAAAGAAUGCUGCAAAUGAAGCUGCGCAGCUAAGCAUUGGAAAACAAUGGAAGGAGUUUCUGGAUUAUAACGAAACAAUCGGUUUCAUAUUCCAUGAUGAUGCUAAGAAGGACAGGAAUGCCAAGAACCGUUAUACUGUGUAGGUCCAGGUGCUCAGGUGUGUCCCGGUUGAAAUGUCAUGGACCCACUUUUUCCUUUAGAUAGUAACUGAUGAAAUUUAGUACCACCGAACCAGAUGUUUAAUUCUCUUUUUAUCUAGUCUUUUGAAGAUCUGUGUUUAAUUGUAUGGAACUAAACAUGAUGGAGUCUAGUUGGCGUCGUUAUAAAUUUGAAGCAUUGUUUUGCCCUUGUAAAACCCAACUGCCUCUAUCUUUACUUUGACUGCGUUUGUUUAAUGGUGUUUUGGCUUUAAAAGAGCUUUUUAAGCUAUUUAGUAUAUAUCUGUUUGACCAUACACAAUCAGCUAAAAACAACGUUUGGUAAAGAGCUUUGUA